AUGGCGGAUUCCAAUUCCAGCCCUGGGUUGGAGAUUCCUACCCACAAGCCAAUCGUGGGAUGUCGUUUCUAUGUGGACACAAUUGUGGAAAAUGAAGAGAAUUCUUCCAAUGAGGAGCUCUCUGUGCGUCACGAACUGGGGGAAGCUCUGGCUGACAAUUCCUUUGACGCUGAAGUGAGGCCUCUGCUACGGCAAGAAAAUCUUUACUCUUAUGACAUUCAAAGCUCCUGUCUUCGCUGCACGAAGCUAGACACCCUGCUCAAAGUUCAUCGAUGCAUAUUCUUUGGCUCCAUGGAAAGUGUCAAAUACCACGAAUUCAAUUAUCCUGACCAGUUUGCUCCUGGCGGAGAAAUUGAAAUCGAUGCCUCGUGUGACACCAGCUGCAUAGUUAUUCAGAACAAACCACGACACGGCAUUGAUGCCGACUUCAGCAGUUUGAAUUUACUAAAACUUGUCUAUGAAAUUAAAUGGACUUCUUCUUUGACCUGGGAUCAACACCCACGUCUCAUUGCACAGGAUUACGAUCUCUUCUAUUGUGAAGUGCCAGAAGAAGAUGGCAUCAUACGAGAUGUCUGGCGAACCGAAGCUUCCGAUGUCGAGUCUGUUCUUCUUGUUUUAAAGAAACCUGGUGUUUCUAAGAAGGAGAGUACAGGAAAAGUGAAAAGUGACGUCGAUAACGACAUUGGUAGCGAUACGAACGCUGAGAGAGGGCUACCACUCACUUUAUUAUCACAAUUCUCGCCGUUGGGUGAUAACUAUUUGAUUAUCGGAAAAGUUGAAGUAUCAAACAAAUUGCUUUUUGUGCGUUGCUUGUCUCCAUUUUUGUUUUUGUCAACUAUAUGGAAGUUGAAGCAUGAUGCCUUUAUGGCCAAACAGCACUACAGAGACAUCCCCACUAUGGACCAAGAAGAGACAGAUGACAAGUUACAUUCUCCUGAUCUGGUGUUUCUCGGUGAGGCUGUCUACUUUCCCAAUUCUAAGAAUAAUGAUGAAUCCGUCAACAUAAAUUGUAGUGGAGCGGACGGCCUUUCUGAAAUGACUACGAAAUCUACAAUGUUUCCUGCUGAAGUUCAUCUGGUCUUGUCAUCAUCUAUGAAGGUAGAAGCAUUGCUGAAUGACACCAACCAACUUGACCCAGGCGGCAUGAAUGGCAGCACAAUUUCUGAAUUACCAUCAAAAAUUUCAACGCUACACCCCAUCUCGCAGAAUCCUAAUUCUGCAGCUCCAGAGCUGGCUAUGGGACAAACUUUCAAGGUCAAGAGAUCAAAGCUAGUUAGUGUGUCCCGAGAGUUUAACAAAGAGAACCGCCACAACAACAAUAGCCUGGCUUACAUGAUCUUCGACUUCCAUGCAAUUCGUUACUUCGCCGGCCAUCUGGAUGCUUUCUCGCGUUUCGAAAUUCCCAUGAAUGAAAUGGAUCUGAGCUUCGACACUCUGAGUCUCGUCAAAAUUGAAAACAAUCAAGAGACAAUAUCGACGACGUUUAUAACUGAAACUCCGGGACCUGUAAAACUUCACACAUCGCAACCGGUUAGCAAAGAUCUGCAAGGAUCGACGUUAGACUUGUCGGGGAAAAGAGAAAUAUCGAUCCCAAUUGAAGAAAGCAGUGAGGCUCGUGAGGCUCGUGAAGUUAGAACUACAAUCGCCUCUAUUUGUCAAAACUUCCAAUUUCUUCGGAUGUUCGAUGAUCUAAAGAAUACUCUCACGUAUCGGGUAUUUUACCAUCCUGAUACAGAUUCUAUAAUCUUCAGCAUCUUUAAAGAGAACCUUCGACCAAUGAUUGCUUCAAGCAUGUCAGACCAGGCCAUUAAUCUUGCCACGUGCUUCAACAAGUUUUCCGUGAGCGAGAACAAGAAAGGGAAGACCAAGGAUAUAUUUGUUAUGAGCGAUCUCUCCAAGUUGAAGGCAAGACUGGAGAAGAAGCUCAGAAAAAAACUUCCAAAACAAUCAAGCAAUCCCGAUAUACACACAGCUCGGUACGAAGAACAUGAUGACCAUGGCGACCAUGAAGAAAAUGAAAGAUCGGAUACAUCUCCCAAAAAGCCCAGGCAACAAUCUCUGCUGUCGGAAACUCAACUUGCUAAUAAGAGAUUUCAGUCUCUUCAAUCUUCCGGCCAUGAUUCAUCUUAUAUGGCUGGUGAUGUGAAAUUGCGCUCAGCCAAGAGAACCAGCUUCCAAGCGAAAUUUCAAAUGGUUAGGAGAGAGAAGGCGUUGGAGUCCGUGUGUAAUACGAGAUCUAGUACCAUCACAUAUGAACAAUCUGAAGAAUAUCCAUUUCCUCCUCUGCUUCAAGAAAAUCUAGCAGAUCAGUCGAUCGUGCUGGAGGGCUUCGACAACAACCAAGCUUUGAUGGGCGGGUAUUUGGAUUCUGGAACUUUUGCCGAUUUUACUUUCAAUUCUAACUUAGCCCAACCUGAUCAUGUUGUUGCUCAAAGUGUCCCUCCCGAACUGAGUACCCCUGGCUUCUUCAACUUGGGGUCCACUGAGGAAAGUGAUCUUUCAUUGAUGACAUCGCAGACAUUAGUAUCGCAGAACAUGAGCAGAUCGUCGUCUGGUCUCAAAAGAUCGUAUGAAAAUUCAGAGUUCAUGGCUCCAUUGGAUAAUCCGAGCGAAAAUGGUAGCUCUUUUACUUUGCCGGGUCCUACCACUGACUCUUAUGAUAAUUCAUUGGGAACAGCUUACAACUGGAACAAUGAGAACCAUAUUAGUGCCAACCAUAGCAACUGGACGCAUCUUCAAGCUGUAGAUCCGUUGUAUUCUCCUAGAGAUGUUGGAAACAGUUUCUUGGGUCUCAACUACAAUAGUUCCCAGCCCAUCGACGUUUUCUCCUUAUUCAAGACUCGUCUUAGCUGUGCUCUUCCAGACGGCCAAUGUGACAAUUUGGGCACUAUACGUGGCAGAUAUUCUUCAUACAUGGAUAUGGUGGCAUCGGAGCCAUGCUUCCACACGAACCCUGAUACUGCGCAACUCAAGCAAAGACGGGAUUCUCAUGCGGCUGAUUGUAAUUUUUUAAAUGCAUCGCGAGAGUUCAAUGCCUCGUUUACCAACUCAGAAACUCGUCUCGAUAGUCUCCAUUUUGGAAAACUUGUUGACCACACAAUUGAGCAACCAAAUGAUGACGGACUCGACCAGACCGAAAAAAGAGCCAACUCAUGUAUUGAUUUCACCGAGGAUUUUCUGCCACCAGACCACCAUAGUGUGAAAGGACCGUCUCCCGGAAGUUUUAAAAGUUCUUCUUCUGCUGAACCCGAUCUGGGAUAUACCGCCGAGUUUACUCCCUGA